GCUCGUCGAUCUCAGCUGACCGGACGAUCCAGUCAAGUUUCUUUUUCUGCUGUGCUGCUACUCCUGUUGUUGUCGGGUCUCGUCGGUGAUGCAGUAGCUUCACCUAAAUAUCUCUGACUGAAAAUGGUGGAGUACGUGUCGGAAACAGAGGGGGACGAGCAGGAGACACCUCUUCUUCACCGGAGACACGAAGAAAGAGUCAAGAGACGUAAGGAAAAAAUGAGGCAAACUGACACGGCGAGCUAAAAAUGUCUUCUCCACUGCUAGGUUCAUUUAGUGUAGCAUAUGUCUCAAAUAAGAGGUGUUUCUUUGAGUUAAUUUGAAUAGAAAAAUAGGAAAAGAACUUAUGAGCUCUACAGCCUAUCUAUUUAACAGCUUUAGCAUUUUGGGAGCUCAUUAUUUCCCCACUAGCAAGUCUUUUUAGAUACCACAAACACCUGCUUAAUAAAUCAUCUACUACACUAUAAAAUAUGUUGACAAAGCGAUUAUUACUACAUCUACAUCGGUUUUAUCCAGUACUAACAUGAUAAUUACCAUGACCAGAGUUUUAAAGUAUUGCUUUUUCAUAAUCCAUGGCAUAGUAGCAAAGUUGUCAUACAGUUGUGUCUAAUUCCUUUUGUUCAAGAUCCAGUUUAACCUAACUUUGUUGACAUCAGCUGUUGAUGUCAGCUGAUUUGUAAAGAGGAAGAUCUUCUCUUCAGGUGCAUUUUUUUAUCUGUUGUUCAUAAGCAGACAUGUCAAUUAGGCUGAGUCACGAGGUUAAGUGGCAUCCAUGUCUUUUAUAUCAUAAGACUAGCACACCCAAGUUAUGAAAUGAGCCCGGGCAUCCACGGUAGAUUCAAACUAAAAACAUGCAGUCCUGCAAUCAAAGUCUGAUCACUGAGGGAGAGUCAGUUUUGUGAUUUGUUUUCCUUUAAAACACAAGCUUCAAAUUAUGCUUUCUAUGCAAGUAAAGCACCCUGCUGGAUAAAAGCACUGACUGAAUUUUAUUUUGCUAUUACUGUUAUAGAAAUACUGAUGUAUAGUAAAUGAGAUGUAUAGUUACAGUGAAUUACAAACGUAAUAACACACUAUUUCAGGUAGGUGCACCUUCUGCAAAAUCCACUGACUCAUAUUACCCUAGAUUUAAGUUAUGGAAAUAAAUAGGACCAUAAACAAAUAGAAGAUGCACGAAUAAACCAAAAAAAAAAAAAAAAAAAGAAUUCACCCUGAAAAUUGUUUGUAAUUUUUAUGGAUGUUCAAGAAUAUAUUCUGCAGUUAAUGGCAGUAAUCAAUAAAUGAUAAUAAUAAUGAUAAUAAUGAUAGUAAUAAUAAUAAUGAUAAUUGAUAAAAGUUUCGCUUUGGCAACUCCAAAGUAAUUAAGUGAGUUGAGAAAAUUAUUGCUUACUGAAAAUCAAUUUCAGAUUGGGUUAUAUGUAGUUUGUCAUUGUAAAAGUUUAUGAAAAGUUAUUUUCUUUUAUAUAAAUAUUGUAAAUGUUAAUGGUGAGCUGCUAGACUUCUUUGUAAAUGUUUUGUCUUCUAUGUUAUUUGUUAAAGUAAAUAAUCCACAGUUUUUUGUACAUCAAGUUUAUUUGUAGAGUAUGAUCUGUCAAACAGGUCUGAUUGUUUGUCUUCACCCCAUAGCACCAGCAUGCUGUUCUGCACGCUACAACCUGGCGCUGCUCUCCUCCUUUGGCUUCUUUGUGGUCUACGCCCUGCGGGUGAACCUUAGUGUGGCCAUGGUGGACAUGCUCAACACCACCCAUCAAUCCACCAACCAAAGCAUAUCUGUUUGUCCAGCUCACGCAAGCCCGGUUCGACCCAAACACAACCACACGGUAAGCAAGAAUGAGACCUUAGUUAGAUUUUGCAGUGAGAAAUGAGAUUAUCCACCUACCCCUGUUAUCAUCAUCAUCAUUAUCAUCAUUAUUGUAGAUGCUAAUAUAAAACCACUUGACUUCAACUACCAUAACCAGUACUAUCUACUUAUUAGUGUUGUUCCUGCAAAUAAGGACACACACACAUUUGCUGUUGUGUGUCUCUGCCUCUGUCAUCACUCUUUCUGCACCUCUGUUUAUCCCUCACAAAGACUAAAUGCCUCAAAGCGCAAAGAAUCUCAUCAGUGCCCAUUACAGAUUGACAGAGUUGGCAAGUGUUAAAAUACUUUUGAGGAAAUAACUUGGUACCACAGCCAUGGCCUUUCUACAUUUGUCAAUAGAAAACAUUAAACUGUUGGAUAAUUGGGAUUAGGAGACUGUAGUUGGAAGGCAGUGGUUUGUUAAUCUUUGUUAAACUUCGGCAGAAAUGUUGCCAUUUCAACACAGUUUUAGUGUGCCAAGAAUAAGCUUAUCCAAGCAUGCAAACAGAGCCUCUGUGCUGGCAAAACGAAACAUUUUUCUAGAAUUACAAGCUGAAUACUUGAUAUUUGUUCCUCACUUGAACUUUUCUCAGUGAAGGAUUACAUGAAUGACACACUGCUUUAGUUAGCUGAAAAAGGUUUUGCAAGGAGACUAUUAGAUAAGCAAAGCAUUUUCUGCUAUUGAUCAGCUGUGCAGAUCACUACUGCCCCAUAGACGUGACAUAACAAGGUCAAAACAUGAUCCGGUACUUGACUUUAGGAAAGGAUGUAAAGAGUGUGGACAGACUGACCAACGGUAAGUUGUUGUUGAAAUAUUUGUAUAUUUUUGGCUACAGCCCAAAAAUCCCAAAAACGUUCUUCAUUCAGUAAUGAUGAUUUAAUCUAGCUCCACUUGUUAACUAACUUUGUACCUUCACCCUCACAGGCCAAAGUGUAUGACUGGGACUCGCAGACACAGGGCUGGAUCCUGGGCUCAUUUUUCUACGGCUACAUCCUGACACAAAUACCUGGAGGCUACCUGGCUGGACGCUGUGGCCCCAAGUGGCUGUUGGGUUUGGGAAUCCUGGGAACUGCAGUUUUUACACUGCUCACCCCUAUGGCUGCUGACCUGGGUGCAGGCUGGCUUAUAGCUGUACGGGUGCUGGAGGGCAUAGGAGAGGUGGGGGAAUUUUCUGUAUUUUACAAGCUGCUUUUUUUAAUGUAUUACAGAGCAACUAAACUUUGAAAAUCUAAUAAACCGUGAGGAUAGAGACUGGGAGGACUCUCUCCCCCCUUCACUGUUAUAGUUGAAGCUUUUGUGUUUGUCUUCAGGGUGUCACUUUUCCAGCAAUGUACACAAUGUGGGCAGCGUGGGCCCCACCGCUGGAGAGGAGCAGACUGCUCACUAUUUCAUACAUUGGUGAGACAUGCAUACAUUAAAAAGUGACACACACAAAAAAAGCCAAACCUAUUUCUCUUUGCAGGAGAAGUAAGUAAAACAGCAGCUUUUAGGAAAACACUUGUUAAAAUAAAAUAUCCAGUUUCAGUUUGUCACUGAGCUUUAAAAAUAAGUAAACAAUUACUAAUUUACACAUCAUAUUAGAAGCAGGAUUGAGGUCAAAAGACAGGGUUUGACAAGUUUAUUGCACACUCUCAUCCGUCUCAGUGUUUCUCAGUGUAUCUUUCAGUACUUAUUCUGUGUACAUCCAGUCAGCUUUGGGAUUCAGAUGUUUCUCUUUUGUCUUUCAUCUCAGGAGCCCAGCUGGGGACAGUCGUCUCUCUCCCCCUGUCUGGAGAAAUCUGCUUCUACCUGGGCUGGCCUUAUGUCUUCUAUGUGUUCGGUAAAACUUCUGGGGGGUGUCACUAGUGGGGGGUGGAAUUAUUUGAUUUUUAAGCCUAGUUCACAAGUUGUUUUUUUUUCUUACAAUAUGAGCAACUUAAAACAAUUAGUAGAAAAAAAAAGUUUGGGCUUUACUUUUGAACCAUUUGUCUGAAGUUUGUUAAACAAUAGAUUUAAAAGAUUUCUCACACCAAAAGUAGCAUCAUAGGCAUGUCAUAGAAACUUCAUAUCAUUGUUAAAUUUAUAACCCUGUGCUUGAAGAGAAAUGUGUGAUAUUCAAAGAGAAGAUUAUAACCCAGGUUGUCUGUUGAGGACUGAAUACAGUGUUGAAUGAAGUUUAUACCCUUUGAAGUGAAUCUAUUUGUCUGUAAGUGGCCUACAUCAGCAAUUCUGUAAACUGUUUUCCAGCAUCCUCUUAUCCCUGCAGUGCCCUUUUUAAGUCUCAGACAAGUUCUUUCCAGGGUCUGCUCUUCUCUUCCCGUUUGUUUUGAUUACUUGGCAAAUUAGAGAGGAAAAUGUGCUUACUCGUAGACCCAAAGCAGAAGUUCCACUUAAAAAACUUGUCUGGUGAUGGGUGUUUGAUUCCCCAUUUGUGUGUUCAGGUGCCGUUGGUCUAGUGUGGUUUGUCUUGUGGUCCUUCCUGGUCUUUAACAGUCCAAGCACUCACCCAUGGAUAUCGGAUCGAGAGCAAAACUACAUCACUGCCUCACUCAGGGACGAGGUACAACUAAAUAUGUCCCUAAUCAUAAAAAUAUCAACAAAGGCCUCUUAGAUUUAAGCAAUAGACAUUUAUCCUUUUUCUAUUUGUGCUGCUUCAGAUAGAAGUAAACUCGACAGAGGGUUUCUCAUAUGGUUGUUGAAUAUAAUUAGACAUUUUGUUCUCAACUCUACAGCUGAGAGAACAGCAGCAGAGCGCUUGCAGGUAUUUCAGGUCCAGUGCAGUUAUCAGAAGCUGCUGUUACAUAAUCUCAGCGUAUUGCAGCAUUUUAUUCUCGUCUUCUUACUCAGCUGUUGUUUUACUUUACUUCCCUUCUUCCUAUUACUCUGCAAUAUUUUUUUGAUAUCUGAACUGCUUUUAGUGAUUAUGAAUUUAAAUAUAAAACUGCAUCUAAACUGCAUCUAUAUAUAUAUUUAAAUAUAUGCAAAACAAACACGUCAACAAAGUUCAAAGUGAAAUGUCUUUCCAAUUCCUACUGUCUGUAUUCCAGCUGUCAACACGAGGCGGAAUCCCCUGGAAAGCCAUUGUGACAUCCAGACCACUUUGGGCUAUAGUUGUGGCUCACUUCUCCUAUAACUGGACCUUCUACACCCUCCUCACCCUGCUGCCAACCUACAUGAACAACAUUCUGGGCUUCAGCAUACAACAGGUGAGGUCAACUCCUCGUACAGGUUUUCAGACAGACACAGUAAUGAUGGUUUUACUUCUUUAAAAAUGUUCUUGUUGUACUUUUGAAAAUAUAAACAGCUGUUCAUAUAUUAUUUAUGUAUGAUUAUCAUGUAAUAUUUUGAUGCUGUGCAUAAUCAAAACUUGUGGACAUUUCUCUUUUGUCUGUCUGUCUCUCUUCUACAGAAUGGUAUGCUGUCAGCUCUUCCUUACAUAGGCUGUGCAGUGCUUGCCGUACUGAGUGGUCAGCUUGCCGAUUACAUGCGGGAAACCCUCCUCUACCGCACCGUCAUUGUCAGAAAGGCUUUCACUCUUGUUGGUAAGAAACAGUGGUAGCUCUACUUAUUUUCUAAUUUGAUCAAAUUGUUGUUUUAACAAGGUGACUUCCAGUGAACUCUGCCAAUACAGCUUGAAUACUGUGUUUUUCCUGCAGGCAUGAUCGGGCCAGCAGUGUUCCUGGUGGCAGCAGGGUACACUGGCUGUAACUAUACCUUGGCGGUGACCUUCCUCACCAUUUCCUCCUCUCUGGGUGGAGUCUCAGCCUCUGGUUUCAACAUCAACCACCUUGACAUCGCACCAUCGUAAGUAUUACGCAGUUCCUUUUACCUUCAAACAUAACCAAGUUUUACCAAAAAAGUGUGUUUUUUGUUUAUGAUUUUUAAAAAAAGUGGUCAAUAUCAUAAGUUUUUGAUUAAUAUGAUAAUAACCUAGAUUGGGAUGUUCUUCAGCUGUAAAUAGAUAAGGUAAAAUCAACUAUGGUUCACUAAACUUGAAUAAUCUCUGUGCUUCUGUUUGUAGGUUUGCUGGUAUUCUCCUGGGAAUCACCAACACUUUCGCCACCAUUCCUGGCAUGGUGGGACCAGUCAUAGCAAGAUCACUCACCAAAUCUGUAAGAACCUUAUUUUCCAGGGCAAGAGUUGGUUUUGUGUUUCAAAGGUCAACAACCUAGCUUUGACUGGGUAUUAACAGUUACUACAGCCUGAAAGACAUUUCCCCAUCUCAUAUAAACCACGGUUAUCCAUAGGCUGCUCAUAACCUUUGUCAAUGAUUUUAUUGUGUAUUUUAAAGCUACUGCUUACGUACUGACAUGGGUCACUCCGGGUUACAGUGCCCCUGUCAACACAGAUGGUGUCUUUGGCUCGAUGCUCUAUUUCCCGUCUAAUUGGUUUAGCCAGUGCAGGAUUAGCAAGUUAACAUUUGUCCAUCAGGGGGCGUCCACAGACCUCUGUAAAGAUCACAGCAUUGGAUUUGAUAAAAGUCAAUCCAUUUACACUGAUACAGGUUUAUUAUUAUUUUUUAUAACAAAGAUAACAGGAAAGUGAACUAAUGCUCAGAAUAUGAUGGGGAGACAUGACUCUGUGCUUAUGCCACUGUUGUUAAUAUGGUUUAGUGAAAUACUGCAGAUUAGAUUUUGGCGAGAAGUCACCUUUUGUUUGUGGGUCACGAUUAAAUAAAUUUUCCUCCAUCAUAUGCAGAUACAGUGACAAACUAUGUUCACUGACAGUGGGUUUUUGGAAGUGUUCUUAGCUCAUGCAGUGAUUUCCACUCCAGAGUUAAUGCUGUGUCUUCUGAUGGUCUGAAGAUCAUGGCCAUCCAAGUACUACUUUUUGUCCUUGCCCCUUUUGCACAGAUCUCUUCAGUUUCUCCAGGGUAUAAGUUAUUUUAAACAGUUUAUAUUAUUCUAAAUGAGUGUCUUACAGAAUGCACCAGAUCAGAAUCAUUACUGACCACAAGAGCUCAGUACUAACUGUGAUGUUUUUUCCUCAGAAUACAAUGGAAGAAUGGCAGGCUGUCUUCUACAUUGCUGCAGCUAUCAACCUGUUUGGAGCAUUAGUCUACACAGCAUUUGGGAAAGGAGCAGUUCAGCCCUGGGCUGUUGAAACAGCCUACACUCAUGGAGACUAAGGAGUACCAGACUUGUCCAUUUAAUAAUACAAAUGAGUCAGACAGAUAGUCCCAAUCAGAGACUUAUCCACAGGUAUUUUUUAUCAAGGGAUGUCCCCAGCUGUGCUGAACAUUUUAAAGCACGGGCAACUAACUGUGAGUAACAGCCAUAUUACACUCUAAAUGUUCUUUACUGUGACUGUGGGUCCAAAGAGUCCGUAAACAGAUGAACCCGACGUUUACAGCAUUGAACAAGAAAGAUUACAGUUGAAGGAAAGUAGAUAUUUGUUGGAGACAAAAUAAUUACUGAGUACGACAAAAAACAACUCCAGGUUCAGACACGCAUAACAGAAAGCUGUCUUUGUGGAGGCACUGACAUCCUUGAUUUAAGAGAAGACAAAGACAGCUAAAAGCAUGAUGAAAACCAUGGUAUAUAAGCUGUGAAGGAAAAGCUAUCCCCGUGCUGGUUUUUUUGGGUGCUGGUGAACCAGUUAGCCAGUUUAUAAGGCCUAGUUGUCGUUUGUGUUUCCAAAGCACUUUGCUCUUUUUUCCUUACCUUUUAACUUCACAGUUAACUCUAUUUUGAGAAAAAUUGCCAAAAAGGACAUUAUUUUUAGUUGUUUGUAAAAAUUGGCACAACACAAAACGUGCUACUUUGCUAUCUAACAGUGCCACAAAGUGUAGCUUUUGAACUGUUUUAAUCGUCAGACACAACAAUGACAAAUACAAAUCUCAGAAUAGACACAAAGCAUGGCCAAACACCUGCCUUAUCAUGAGGCCUCCUUUGAAAAAACUUUUAAAGCUCUUUAUAUUUUACUUGAUUGAAAUGGACCAUUUUUUAUGUUGUGCACUAAAAGAUUUUAUAUGUGCUACAAUAUCUUUUCACUUCCUGAGUAAUGUCCACCAGGCACCUCUUUUAUUUCAGGUAGCAGGCCUUAACUUUUGCAUACUGAAAGCAUGUGUAUUAUUGUUUUAUAACGCUAAGAAGAUUCAGGAGUGUUGAUACUAUUCUAAUUUAGGGAAACUAAUAACUGCUUGAAAGAUUUUCCUGGUGGUAUGACUCAGUUCAAGGAAUUUGCACUUUCUGUGUUGAUUCUCAGGUAUCUGCUGUCUUAAAAUGAUUGAUUUGGGUGUUUGUUUACUGUAUAUGAAGUGAUCUUCAUAUAGGUGUAUGUUCUCAAGUUUUUAGUGUCAGUAGCAUCAGAUCUCAUUUUGAAAUGAUCACAAAUAGCUAUAACAAUUCAAUGUGUAUUUCUUUGGCGCAACUUUUCCAUCCACUGUAACUGGAUGAUUAGUUGUAAUUUUUUCCAUACAGAUUGCCCUCUCAGGCCAAAUGAAGAGUCUACCAUACUGUAUAUACUGUAUCUUUUUUCAAAGUGAAUCAUGAGGGGUUAAUCAAAGCCAAUCCACGGGGUAUGGAUUUUGUUUCAUGAUUGUCGUUUCUGUCAACAAGACACAAUAUCAUCAUCAUCCUAGUUUUAGAUGUAAUGCACUUGUGCCUUAUGACAGUAGCUUCAUGGGGUCAAACAAUGACAGCCUGUUGUUUCCUCCUUUUGAUAAAGGUUUUCUUCCGUUACUGAUUUUAAUUGUUUCAUGUUUACGUUAGUAUCUGUACACAUAGGAUAAAGGGACUUUUAUGUGAUAUGUGUAUGCACACUAUUGAGGGUGGCCACUGUAAACCCUCAGCCUCAGAUAUGACAGAAAUGUGUCUUAUAUCACUGUCCUGUAUUGUGAAUAUAAAAUCACAUACAGCUAUGAUCCCA